CUGAACAGAGCAAAAAGAACCAUCAAACCAAAAAACAGAGGAAAGAAAGGAAAAAAAAAAGCUGAAAAACUAUAAAAUUAUUUUGAAUUUUGACAAAAAAUUCAUAGUUAACUAUUUUGAAUAUGGGAGAAGUUGUAUUAUUUAUGGAAAAUUUGGAUAAUAAUUUUCCAAAUUACUGUAGAAUUUGUCAUGAAGCUGAGUUUGAAAGUUGCAGAAAAUUAGAAGCUCCUUGUUCUUGUUCUGGAACAGUCAAGUUUGCUCACAGAGAAUGCAUUCAAAGAUGGUGUGAUGAAAAAGGAGAUAUUAUUUGUGAAAUUUGUUUACAGAAAUAUGAACCAGGCUACACAGCAAUUCCCAAACAACCCAAGAAUAUUGUGGUACUUGAUCAAGUUGUAAGCAUCAGGGGAAGUUUGGAAGUUCCAAGAACAGAACAAGAAUCUCAAAAUUCAGACUUAUUAGCCAUUGCUGAAUGCUCAUCAGAAGCAGAAAGAAGUGCAUCUUGCUGCAAAACAGUAGCCCUUAUUUUUGCAUUCCUUUUGUUAUCGAGACACAUGUUUGAUGUGCUACUUGGAGGAGCAGAACAACCUCCCUUCUCACUUUUAACUGUAAUAAUCCUACGAAGUUGUGGAGUAAUUAUUCCAAUGUACAUUAUAAUUCGGACAAUAUCAGCAGUCCAAAACAGCAUUAGACGACAUCGCAUCCUUCAUGAAAAUCUUAUGCAAAAUACCAAUGACAACAGAGAUGAUACAUAUGAUGAUGAGGAGCAAAUUCAUCUGAGAUAACAUGAAAACUUUACACAUUUUCACAGUUGCUUACUUGUAAUACACCAAUGUACAUCAAUACUAGGAAACAUGAAAAAUAAUUCCUCAAGGAAAAUAGAAAAGAAAUUAGAUUUUACAUUCACAUUUAUUAAUUUAUUAUAGAGUUACAUAAUUUACUUUGUAUUAUUCCCCCUCAUAUAAUCUUAUAAAAAUACACUUCUAUCUAUUUUUUACAA